CGUGACCACAUUCAAAACAUUCUAAAAUGGUGGCAAGGGCUCAGACGGUAGUAUUUUUGGUGUUGGUGGUUGUGAUUGGCGGUUUACAGGCAAUGGAAAUAUGCGACAUGACUCAGGACGGUUUGGUGGCGUGCAAGCCAUCAGUGACGAAUCCAAACCCGGUGGACCCGACCCCGGAGUGUUGUAAAGCCAUUGCUGGGGCGGAUAUGAAGUGUUUGUGCUCAUAUAAGGAUUCGAGUAUGUUACCUUCGUUAGGAAUUGACCCUAUACUCGCCAUCGCUUUACCAGCAAAGUGCAGCCUCCCUGCUCCGCCGUGCUAAUUGGUGGUUGGCUUUUUCCGGUUAUGGGAUUAUGGGUGGUGGAAUAACAUUGUAGUGUGUAUGUGUCUGAAACUAUGUGAUAGGAGAGUCAAGUUAUUACAUGUUCUCUAUUUUUGUGGCAGAUUUGGAUAACGUGAACUAUUAACCCCAAACACUCAGAGGGUGUUUAGGAUUACGUUUUGAAAUGAUUAUUUGAUUA